AUGAAAAGGAAUGCUCCUGUCCCCCUCUCCUCUCUCCGUGUCGAGGUGACCACCACCAGUGCUUUGCUGUCCUGCACCCUACAGAUCCAACAGACUCUCACUGCCCUCACUCUUCACAACCAUGCACACCAAACACACACACACACUGACCACACACACAACUCCUCGUACGCAGUGAGAGGUCUGCAGCCUGGAGCACACUACAGCAUCACAGCAGAGUUGACCACGCCCUUCACACACCUCAACAUCAGCCUCACCCAGAGACUACACACCACCAUGGAUACAGCCCAAUGUCCUAUUGGUUGGCUGGCGAGCGGAAGGAGCUACUAUAGUGUGAGUAGGCAGAGCCUGUCAUGGGGCGACGCCCAGCAAACCUGUAUGGGCGUGGCUUCAGGAGGUCACCUGGUAGACGUUAAAACAGAGACAGACCUCCUCCUCCUCUCCUCUCACCUGACCACACAUAACAACCUGCUACUGCUCUGGACCGCUCUCAAUGACAGAAAGGAGAAGAGGUGGCCCCAUUCGUCCGAUGGCUCCUCCUACAACAUGGCUAGUGCUAUCAUUAUCGCUGCUAGCCAAUCAGACGGACUGUUUUGCCCUGCAGAAGAACUCUACUGGACCCGGCUACUUUCUUACGCCAUUCUUCUGCCACAUCCUUUUACCCUUUAUCCGUUACUGGGAAAAGAGAAAAGCAGAUAUCCACUGGAGUGAUGUCACCCCCCCCCAGCUCUAUGUCCAAUACAAAGAUCAGGAAGGGGAAGAAAAUGGGGAAGAGGAGAAAGAAAGGGAGAAGAGAAGUGCAGGUCGUGUCCCAGUGUCCCUAUUGUCCAGAGGGCCGAAGGUGCCAGGUCUGUCCCCAGGGAAGAUCUACUCUCUGUCCCUCAGAGCCUCUCACCUCGCUGGGGCCGCUUGAAGCCUUGGGAACACGCACAUCACUCACACACGGCCCCUUCCCCCUCGGAACAUCACCAUUUGCAAUGUGACAGCCAGUCAGAUCACAGUAAACUGGACGGCCCCAGACUCCCAGCAUGCUGUGCUGUUCCUGGUUUGCUGGGGGGAUGUAGCUUCAGGCCAGGAGAGGAGAAGGGGCGUGGCCAACAGUUCCAGGUCGACUGUGAUUGGAGGACUGGAGGGGUUCAGGAAGUACAGGGUCAGAGUUAACGCCGUCACAGAACAUGAUGUGGCAAGUAGUGGAGGAACUGACCAUACACACUGGUAUGAAACUCUGUGUUCGUGUAAUUCUUUAGGUGUGCUUCUGCAUGGUUGUGUGUGUUAUAAAUAUAUUGAGUGUGUGUUUAUGUGGUUCUGUACAGUAUAUUGACUGUGUGUGUGUGUGUGUGUGUGUGUGUGUGUGUGUGUAGCGCUGAGCCCCCCA